UUCCCCAGUUCCUGGUUCGCCGGCGGCCAUUUUGGGUGGAAGCGAUUCCCUGAGUGGCGGCGGCUGCUGAUUGUGUGCUAAGGGUCGGAGUGGGGUCGACGUUUGCUCUACCGGAACCACUUAGCUCAUUCCUUCCCUUCCAUUACCCGUGGCGCGGAGAGUCGGGGCGGCGGCUGCGUCAGCAAGGGCGGUGGCGGCGGCGGCAGCUGCAGUGACAUGUCCAGCAUGAAUCCCGAAUAUGAUUAUUUAUUCAAGUUACUUCUGAUUGGCGAUUCUGGGGUUGGAAAGUCUUGCCUCCUCCUUAGGUUUGCAGAUGACACAUACACGGAAAGCUACAUCAGCACGAUCGGUGUGGAUUUCAAGAUCCGGACUAUAGAGUUAGACGGGAAAACAAUCAAGCUUCAGAUAUGGGACACAGCAGGCCAGGAAAGAUUUCGAACAAUCACCUCCAGUUACUACAGAGGAGCCCAUGGCAUCAUAGUUGUUUAUGAUGUGACAGAUCAGGAGUCCUUCAAUAAUGUUAAGCAGUGGCUGCAGGAGAUUGAUCGCUAUGCCAGUGAAAACGUCAACAAGUUGUUGGUAGGGAACAAAUGUGACCUGACCACAAAGAAAGUAGUAGACUACACAACAGCAAAGGAAUUUGCAGAUUCCCUUGGAAUUCCGUUUUUGGAAACCAGUGCUAAGAAUGCAACGAAUGUAGAACAGUCUUUCAUGACGAUGGCAGCUGAGAUUAAAAAGCGAAUGGGCCCUGGAGCAACAGCUGGUGGUGCAGAGAAGUCCAAUGUUAAAAUCCAGAGCACUCCAGUCAAGCAGUCAGGUGGAGGCUGCUGCUAAACUUCGCCUCCGUCCUUCUCUCACAGCAAUGAAUUCGCAAUCUGAACCCAAGUGAAAAAACAAAUUGCCUGAAUUGUACUGUAUGUAGCUGCACUACAACAGAUUCUUACCGUUUCCACAAGGUCAGAGAUUGUCAAUGGUCAAUACUGACUUUUUUUUUUAUUCCCUUGACUCAAGACAGCUAACUUCAUUUUCAGAACUGUUUUAAACCUUUGUGUGCUGGUUUAUAAAAUAAUGUGUGUAAUCCUUGUUGCUUUCCUGAUACCAGAUUGUUUCCCGUGGUUGGUUAGACUCUAUUUUGUUUUGAUGUUUAUAUUGGCAUGUUUAGAUGUUGGGUUUAGUCUUCUGAAGAUGAAGUUCAGCCAUUUUGUAUCAAACAGCACAACCAGUGUCUGUCAAUUUCCAUGCAUAAAGUUUAGUGAAACGUUCUAUGUAAGAUCUGAUUUGCUAGUUCUUCCUUGUAGAGUUAUAAAUGGAAAGAUUACACUAUCUGAUUAAUAGUUUCUUCAUACUCUGCAUAUAAUUUGUGGCUGCAGAAUAUUGUAAUUUGUUGCACACUAUGUAACAAAACUGAAGAUAUGUUUAAUAAAUAUUGUACUUAUUGGAAGUAAUAUCAAA